UCUUCUAUCUGUUUAUUCUCCUCAUCAAAAACUUCAUAAUUCAGGAUGGUACAGUUUCGUGUUGCAUGAUCUUCGUUAUAAUCCUAUUUAUGACAUUGUUCUUUUCUUCGGUUAUGUAAGGUUUAAAGAAAAUGAUUAUUGGUAGGUUAUAUGAUCUAGUGCUAAUGUAUUUAUUUUGGGCUUAUGAACAGAAUAACCAGCAGACUAAGCCACAAAACACAGGAGAUGUGAAACUGGUGGAGACAGUUGAUCUAAGUCAAUCUGCGGGGCAAGGGGAACAACAGAGGUUUAUUGAGGUGAUUCACCAGCUUCACCAGCCAGAAAAACCAGCCACCAGGAGUGGUAGUGUCUUGUCGGGGGCCGGUUCUGCUGUUGCUAACACUCUUCAAUCUGCAAAAGAAGCCAUAUCUGGAAGUAAAAAUCACUAGUGCAAGCUCUUAGUAUUUAUUAGCUAAGAAAUUACAAAUGUGAAAUUGUUUUUAACUCGGCCUUUUAAAUAUGGGGAGCUAGGUUUUAUACAAGCAUUUGCAAUGCUUAAUGGAGGUCAAUUUUCAUGUAUGUAGUUUGUAAGAUUAUAUUUGUAUCACAGUUUAUAUGAUCUGAGGAUUCACUUUCUUAUAGUUGUACA